CAAAUGGCGAAUGCAGAUUUACAGAAAAUUUUGGACAGACAGAGCAACAACAACGUUGCCAAGAACGUGAUCCUAUUUGUAGGGGACGGAAUGGGAGUGAGUACGGUGACUGCCGCACGGAUCCUAAAGGGACAGAGGAAGGGGCAGAGUGGAGAGGAGGAAAAACUCUCCUUCGAGGACUUCCCGCAUGUCGGUUUGUCUAAGACGUACAGCUUGGAUUAUCAGACUCCUGACUCUGCGGCGACGGCCACAGCCUUCCUGGGUGGGGUGAAGACAAAGAGUGGCGUGCUAGGCUAUGAUGGUCGGGUGAAGUACGGCUAUUGUAACACAACGAGUCCCCAAGCAGAAGUGGACAGCAUCGUGCAAUGGUCCAUAGCUGAAGGAAAGUCCACAGGCCUAGUGACUACAACCCGGGUGACCCAUGCCACCCCAGCGGCGGCCUACGCCCACAGCCCUGACAGGACCUGGGAGGGGGAUCGCAGAACCAUGCAGACCUCCCGUUCCCAAGGCUGCACGGACAUUGCCUUCCAGCUCAUCAUGAAUAACUCCGACAUACAGGUAAUCAUGGGAGGAGGUCGCCGCUUCUUCCUUCCAGCUAACGCCAUUGACCCGCAGACUGGUCGACCUAACUUUGGCUACGGACGAUUGGAUGGGUUUAACUUGAUACAGGAAUGGAUAGAAGACAAAGUUCGGCGACAAAAGAACCAUAGCUACGUGUGGAAUAAAGAACAACUCGAUCAAGUGGACACUCAGAAAGUUGACUAUCUGUUAGGUUUGUUCAAACAAAGUCACAUGAGUUAUGAGAUAAGAAGGCCACCAUCUGAACCGUCCAUUGCGGACAUGACAAGAAAGUCCCUGGAAAUUCUCCAAAGAAAUGAGAAAGGAUACUUUCUUAUGGUGGAAGGAGGUCGUAUUGAUCAUGGUCACCAUGCCAACUUGGCGAAGAGAGCUUUAACUGACACCCUAGCCUUCGAUGAAGCCGUUGAAGUCGCAAAAUCAAUGACCAACCAAUCAGAUACACUUAUUGUCGUGACCGCCGACCACUCUCAUACUAUGGUUAUAUCCGGCUACGCAAGUAAAGGCAAUCCUAUUCUCGGCCUGGUGGACCGACAAAAUGUUGCGCCAGCCAUAGAUGGUCUUCCUUAUACCACGCUGCUUUACGGUAACGGUCCGGGUUAUUCCAUCACAAACUCCACCCGGCGAAACCUUACCGGAAUUGACACGUUCGGGAAUUCCUUUCGACAAGAGACGGCUGUUCCUAUGGACUCGGAGACUCACUCGGCUGAGGAUGUGGCAGUGUAUGCCCGGGGGCCUAUGUCACACCUGUUCACCGGGGUACACGAACAGAACAUUAUCGCCACCGCUAUGGCAUAUGCUUCGUGUGUCGGAGCCGACAAACGCCACUGUGAAAGUAGAUUAACCGAGACAUCAGCAUCGCCUACCGUGCCGUUUCGAACGCCUAACGCCCCAUCCUCUUCUCUGGAUGAAUCAGAGACAACUACGGACACAAAUCUCUUCAGCACAAUAAAAGUUUUGGAAGGCUAUCCAGCCAGCGCUGCUCCUUCAUUACAAUUCAUGCCCGUUUGGACACUACUCUUAACGAGUUGCUUAGUUUAUAAUUUGUAAAUAGCUAUUAUUUUUCACAAUAUAUAACUACAUGUAUAUUUAUCUUAUAGUGCCAUCAUUAAACAUGUCAAAUUUUACCACAAUGCUGAAUUAUGCGAUAUUUACAUUUCAAAAUCACAAAUAUUUAAGAAGAAUACGAUCGGUAGUCUUAUCUAGUGUUAUCUAGUCGCAUAUCAUUUAUAAUUUUAAAAAAAAUUGUAAACUUUGUCUUCUUUAAAUGUCUCUGCUGUUUGAUUGGUAGGUUAUCACCAUACGUUAAAUACUGUAUUCAACUCAUAGGGUGUUAUGACCGGAAUCGGUUGAUAUCAGGUACCCACACUGAUAUGAUCACAAAGGCCACGAAAGUGUAAACAAUUUAGACAAAUAAACACAUUCAUGGCGUUUCGAGUCCACUACACGUCAGGGCCCAGUUUCACAAAACGGCGUACGACAUGGCGUAUCAUAAAUUUGGCGUAGCAUGUUUUGUACCUCAAUACUACUAUACCAUUGUCCUUUACGUGCGAUUAUCGUACAUUUACCUCUUUGCGAAACUGGGCCCAGCUAAUAACGACAAUGGUCGAUAUGUUAUGAGCAAAAAGGUUUACCCCUAGUUUAUCCCUAGUUUCCAUGCAAAUUCUUGCUGACAUCGUUACAAAGAGUGACAUCAUCUUUAGCAUAGAGUUUUUAAAAAACGAGAACCUCGUGUCACCAGUAUGCAAUCCUUUUAUAGUUGCAUUCUUUCUGGAUUGACCUCUGUGGAUACUUGACUGUCUGAGUGUUCUCGGUAAGCAGGACAUUUUGUGUUUAUUUUACUGACGUCUAUGCCAAUGCCAUAUCAUUGUUGUCAUAGGAGUGAGAUUUUAUGAAUAUAUCAUAAAAACCUGGUGCAGACCACCACGUCUUGCGAUGUACCUUAUCUUUGGAAGUUGUGCGAGAAGCAUUUUUCGAUACCUACCUACCUACCUCAAUACCAAAGGGCUAGUAUUCUGGCUGAGGCGAUCCAAUUUUGACACGAAUGAUACAGGUUUUCCUGGGGCACAAUAUUUUGAUUUCGAAAAAAUUUUCUUAAUUUUGAUAUAUUUAUUCAUUUCAUCUGUUUAAGGCUAUACUAGGUCCUCUGUGACCGAGUGAUUAGCGUGUUAGUGCAGGGAAAUGACUCUGGAGGCCCUCACCAAUGCGGUCGGUCUUAAAAGAAAAGACAAUAAACAAUAUAAUCUGAUUUAACUAUGUAUAGGUUUAAAAAGAGACCUAUUCGGUGCCAUAUAGCUUGGUAACUAUAUAAAUCAACCUCUAAUAAGGAAUUCUUACGACGGCAUGAGAUACACCAUGUUACAGCAACCGGAAUUACAAUGUUGCGUCACUCAUGCCCCGCGUAUAUACGGUUAAAGGUCAAAAUGGGGUUCAGGUGACCCAAACGGAAACACGCGUUUAGACGUUAUAAAUAACUGACGCCUAACGGGAUUUAACUGAAAACAUGGCGGUGCUUUGGAUUGUCCCAAUGUGCGUGAAUUUGGUUACGUUGAACUCAAUUGUGUAACAUCACAAAAGUAAAAAGUUAUGCUGUAAACACUUCCUGUGAGAUAAUUUAUCGAUGCAUAUGUAAAUCUUGCCUAAU